AUGAGGGUAAGACGUUUGCAAACAUAUUUAACAGAACAUAAUUUAUUAAAAAAAAGUUCAUUGGAUAGUAUUAGAAAUCUAACAUUAGGAGUGGAUGCAUUGUAUUUUUUAAGGACAUCAAAUGAUCUAAAAGAUAUUUUAUGUGAUGUAUCCGGAUGUAUUCCACCUUGUAUUUUUCAUUUAAUAGAUAAACAAUGUGAAUAUUUUGAAAAAUUAAAUAUUAAUUUGAUAUUUGUAUUUGAUGGAAUAACACCAAAAGCACAUAAACUAUUUUCUGCACAAUUUCAUCAAAACAUGGAUCAAGGAUGGUUUCAUUACGUUAAUGAUGAAAAAAAGUUAUCUUAUAAAAAUUUUUCGCAAGUAUCAAAUAUAUGUAACUCAGAUUUAACAUUUUUAUUAUUUCAUUAUUUAAAAAGUAAAGGUUACAAAUGCAUAUAUGCCCCAUAUUUGGCAAUUUCGCAAUUAUCAUAUUUCUUAGAAAUAAAUAUAAUUGAUAUAAUAUUAGGUCCACCUACCAUAGUUUUACAAAAUAUUCAAAAAGUAAUUUUAAAUUUUGUUUGGAAAAAGAAUUAUUUUGAGUGGGUAGAUUUAUAUCAUUUAUUAAAAACAUGGAAUAUAAAUAAAGAGCAGUUUAUUGAUGCUUGCUUAUUAGCAGGAACAGAAUACUGUUUAACUUUUCCAUAUUUAAAUUUAUCUCAUUUUAAUCAUGGGAAUCCUCAAUUUAACUUUGAAACAUCUAUUGAAUUUAUUAAACAAUCUCCUUUAAUAAGUUAUUUGCAACAUUUCCCAAAUGAAGAAUUAAGAAAUAACCAUAUUGAUGGGUAUUGUGUGUGUAAAACUCUUAUAAAAUUUCCUGUUGUUCUAUUAUGUAAUGGAGAGGUAGAUUUCUUUACUCCAGAUAAAGACUGUAUUAACAUGAAGUUAAAAAAUGAGAACCCAUUUUUAAAUGGUAUUAACAAAGAAAGUAAUAAUAAAAUUACAGAUAUAAAUAAAAGCAAAAAAGAUGUAAAUGAAAAAAAUAAAAAAAUAUCCAAUGUAAGUACUACUAACCUAAAUAUAGAAAAUUCUUCAAAAAAUUGUGUACGUAAUUCUGAUAUCUCCAUUAAUAAUAAUACACAACUAGCAGAUGAAAAUUCAGAAAAACAGAAUAAUAAUGAUAAUUUAAAAUGUAGUUAUUCAAUUAAUUGCAAUAAUAUAAAUGAUACAGAAAAAAAUGAUAUGAAUAAUAGUGAGUCAAAUAAUCCAAAUAAAAGUGAGAAAUUAAUGAAAAAUGUAGAUGAUAGUUUACUAACAAAUAAAAAAAAAAACGCUCACUAUCCAAAUAUAGAUGAAAAUCAGAAUAGUGGUAAUAAUAAUUUAAUAAAUUCAAGUGAUAAUGAAUAUAAUUCUAGUAGAAAUGGAAAUAAGUAUCUAAGCAAAAAUGAUAACAACUCAGCUGAAAAUAAUUUAACAGAUAAAAAUAGUUUUGUACUUAAUGGUAAUAAUGAUAGCAGUAACGAAGAAAAAAAUAAUCAUGAUGUAAAUUUAAAUGAUAAAAAUGGUAAUAUAUCAAAAAAUAGUUCUAAAGAAAAUGAUAAUGAUAAUACUUUAUGCGAUAACAAAAAUUUACUCUCCAAUAAAUCAAGCAUCUACAAUUUAGCACCAUAUGAUUAUAUAAAGGUAGUUGGAGCUAAAUUUCCAACAUGUGUUUAUUAUUUGAUGUCAGUUGGCCUUAUAAGUAAAAAAUUACUAUGUGCUUUAGCUUUAGGAGAAUGGAUUGAUUAUUCUCAUCCAAUUAUUGAUUCAUAUGAGUAUAGAGAUUCACUAAUUGAUUUAAGAGAAUACAGGUGUAGAAUAUUAGGAUUAAUUUCCAUAAAAUUAAAUCCUUUCUUUUAUAAAAGGAAAAUUAAAUUUUUUGAUUACGGAUAUUAUAUUAAUAAUAUAUGGGAUAAAAACAACAAAUGGACAUUUUUAGAUAUUGACUUGGUAGAUGGAUUUUUAUGGAAAAUAAAUAAAGAUAAUGUAACUGAAGAGAUGAAAAGACAAAAUAAUAAUAAGAUUGAUUUACAAUUUACAUUAAGAUGGCAUUUAUAUUCCGAAAGUAAUGAUAUAUCACUUGUUCAUAAAGCAAAUGAGUUAUCUAACGAUGAACAAAACUUAGAUGACAAAAAUGAAAAAACUCUUAAUCACGAAAACUCAAGCGAAACUAAUGAUUUGGAAAAUGGCGAAAAUAACAAAAACAUAUAUUCCUUUGAUAAAAAAAUAAGGAAUUAUAAUGAUUAUUACAAAAAUCUUUUAAAUACAAAUAACCAAAACUUUAAUAGCUUUUUAUGUCUUGUUUAUUUUAUGUUUCUCGAAAAUUUGGGUAUUUUUACAAAAAAUUGUGGUGUUACUUUAUUUGGACUUUUAUUAUCAGAAGUUAAGAAUAAAAAUAUAGAUAGUAAUAUUUUAAUUAUUUUUGAAUUACUUAAAUUUGGAUUUUUAACAACACAACCAUUAUUACCACCAAAUGGUAGGUCCUACCCUAAAAAUGCUUAUUCAUCAGUUAUGAAUAAUAAGAAUUUAGCUCCGCAAGAUAAAAAAAGUGUUUUAUUAUUAUCACGUAUAUAUUCUUUAUAUAAUGCUAAUAUAGAUCAGCAGAAAACGUAUGAUGGAUUAAUUGAUUUUGAUUUAUGUGCCUUUUUUUCUGUUGUGAAAAUAAUUAAGAAGACUUUAAGGCAAUUACUUCAAGCUUGCGUUGCUAACGUUCUCAUAAGUAAUAUGGAAUUAAUACACAUAUUGCCGGAAAAUUUAUAUAGUCCCUUUGAUACUAAUAUUUCAGGAUUUUUUGUAACACACCAUCUUAUGGGGGUUUUAACGAAAUUUUUUUUAUUAUUUAACUUUGAUGAUUUGAAGAAAAAAAAAUCAUCUCUAAAUGAAACUCCUGAUAAGACAAUAAAUUUAAAUGAAAAUAGUAAUAAUGAUAAUAAUAAUAAUUUGUGCAAUGAUAAUAGCAAUACUAUAGAAAAAAAAAAGGAUAACCCUGAUUCUUACUUCUUAGAUGAAAAGAAUCAAAAACAGAAUUGUGAUUUAAGUAAAAUGGAAGUUAAAAAUAAAUUGAAUAAUAACAGUAAUUCUAAUGACUUAAAUAAUGUAAAAAUGCAUAUAGAAAAAAGUGAUAACAAUAAUUCAUAUGAAAGCCACAGUAAUAUAAUUGAUAAUGAGAAUUCGUUUAACGAAAGUGAAAAAAAAUGUAUAAAUAAAAUUAAAAGUGCUGAUCAAAAUCAUAUAUCAGAAGAUAAAUUUAUAGAAAAAGAUACAAAAAUGAUGGACGAAGUAAAUAAGAAUGAUGCCAAAAAUAAUAAGAAAGAUACCAUAGAAAACUUUCAUGUAGGAAUUUCUUGUGAGAAUAAAAAUAAUAAAAGUGAUUUUUGUGUUAAUUUAAAUGAUCAUUAUGAUAAUAAUAUAAUGGAAAAUAAAGAAUAUAGUGAAAGUAUAAAUAAUCGAGAUAAUAAUGAAAAUAAAGAUUACGAAAAAAGUCAACAUAGUUGCGAUGAAAAUCCACAAGAUGCUUUGUCAGAUAAUUUUAAUGAAUUUGAAAAAGCAUUAAGAAAAAAUUUUCCUAGUUUUUUAGAUCCAAUAAUUGAUUUAUGCAAUGCAAUAAAUACAUGGAGAGACCACUUAAGUUUAAUUGCUCAAUUAGAAAAACAUACAAAUGUGUAUGAUUUAGUUUCAGACCUAAAGGCUGCAGAUAAAUUUUUAGAGAAAAAAAUACAUUAUAUAGGGCUUCAUAAAACACCAACUUACAUUAAUAUAUGUUCUUCUUAUAAUGGAUAA